AUGUUUGAAGAUACUGAUGAUAACGAUAGUUCAAAACAAUCGAUUCAAGCAUUCUACUCGCAUCUGGAUUCAACCACCUGUGAACGGAUUGUGGAAGAACUUCGAGCAAAAAAUUUUACUAUUUCGACACAUGAACUCCAUAAAGAGAACGAAGUUCGAGAAACAAUUUUUGAAAUCAUAUUUAAAAAUUUGCGCGAUACAUCCGUUGUUCUCGUCUUUCUUUCCACAAACUUUUCCCUAUUAGAAUCUUCUAAUCUAAUAUUCUACUUAUCGUCCUCGGACGGAACACCGUUACUUUCUUUGAUUAUUGAAAAAGAUUUUGAACCCGUGGACGAACUUGGUGUACUAGUUGCAAGGUACGCAUACGUGCGAUGGUCUGGUGAUCUGGAAGUCGCUUCUUUUAUUGACGAUGUUGAGAAACAAAUUCGUGAAUUGAUUUCACCACAUAUUCCAACAAAGCCAGAUUGUGAUGUUCUGGCAAAGCUCGAUUCCAUUCUUGAUAUCCUCGACGAAGAAGAUAAUUCAAAAGUAAAUAUUGAUGAAAUCUGUCAGUCGCUUUGUGUAACUCUUAAGUCAACGAAAGAGAAUAUUGAAGAUCCAAAACAAUUAUUGCCUAUCGCUGUUGAAGUGUUCCUUCGAUACAACCUGAUUAUCGGUAAAAAUGAUGAUCCUUUUAUCAAGCUUAGCGAAGAUAUAGACUCAGAAAUAGAUUCCUUUCUCCAGAAGUCUUUACUCGAUGCCGAAAAACAUGAUCCAUUUGGUGACGAUCACAAACGAGCUCAAAUGACAUUUUCACGAGUGUUUAACUCGUUAGCAACGUUUCCAACAACAAUUUACUUUCUGGAUAAAGGCUUUAUGUUAAAAAAUAGCAAGCAUGCACGCAUUCUAUUUUGGGCUGCAAAAAUUCUCUUAAUCGCUUCUACUAGACGACUGUUCAAUACUGAACAAGAUGCCGUUAAAUUUCCUCAACAGCAGAUUGUUCUUCAGAUGUGGUUGAAAUAUGUCGAUGAGAAUACACAGAGUUUUUACUAUACUAAUCUUAUACCUAUGCUAUUAACAAUUUUUCAGAACUUAUCGGCUAACGUUGGUCUGGUGCCGCCCUUUGUAGAUGCAUGCUUUCCACCGACAGUUGUGAGUUGGUUAUCGUCGAUAAACUGGAUGUUGAAUAAUGAAUUGCAACUCUUUCCGUUGUCUAUCAUUUAUAAUUUAGCUCGACAUAAUAGGGGAAACAAAAAUCGUGCAGAUGCUGACACCUUAUAUUAUAAUACUCUAGCUUUGCUCUAUAAGCCAGAAAACGUUCAUGAUGAAGCAGUGGAAAUUGAACCAAUCCUUAAGCAGCUUCUUUCGAAAACACUCUCCGCUUUUCGAGAUCCAAAGUUAACUUACGGUACACUUCAUCUGAGAGAAUUUUUUCUAGCAUUCAAUAUAUUAUUUAUUAAUGAAGAACUCAUUACAAAGACUUUAAAACAAACAGUCGAUGGUAAAUCGAUUGAUGCGAAUUUCUUUAUGGAUAUGUUCACAAGUACUCUCAAAGAAGAUAUUCUCGCCCAAACACUUUUAUUAAAUAUUAUGUAUCGAAUUACAUCAACAAAGAGCUUCAAGCACCAAAUCAAGGAAAAUCAUGUAUCCAUGAAUACUCUCAAAAAGUUGAAGAGUAAAAGUAUGAAAAACAUUUACUUACCGAGAUACACAGUAGAUUUAUUGACUGCUGUAAAUGGCAUUUUGCGAAAUCUUAAUAUGAAAGAACAAAGUUCAACAAACAAGCCGGAAAAGAAGGAAGCAUUUUCUAAUCAGUCGAAUUUGAUUAAAAAGAAAGUAAUGAUCAGCUAUAGUCACCAAAAUAGCGGAUUUUGCAAGACUUUAUCGAGCAAAUUAGAAGAAGAUUCACAGCUGAGUAUUUGGACAGAUUCGAAAAGAUCAGGUCACAACUACGUAUGGAAGGAUAUUGCCACAGCUAUGGAUAAUGCUGACGUAAUCAUUUGCAUCGUAACACAGGACUAUGUAGGCAGUGAGAGUUGUAUGGGUGAAUUUCGAUAUGCGAUUGAAGAUUUAGAUAUGAAAAGUAAGAAUGGAUUGAUCCCGAUUCUAAUCGGUAGAAAUUAUAAACUGCCAGGUCACGUGGCUAUUCCAAUGAAAGGACCUGAUUAUAUUCGAUUCAAUGCUUACAAAGGUUUUGAUAUGGAAGUAGCUCCAUCUACUCAAGAUGACUCCUUUACGAGCAAGUGUCAAUCAACUGAUGACAAGAAAACAAAUACCAUCGAAUCAAAGAUUGUCACUGCGCCAACAAAACCAGUUCAUGAAUGGACAGAACAAGACAUUGCUCAGUGGCUUGCAAGUAUUCCAGUGCCGCACGAACUCACUGCAUUGUAUAAAUUUCAAUCUGUCGAAGAACUUCUGGAUUAUGCACACGAUUUCAAAGUCAAUGAAACCAUUAUUUAUGUUGAUCUCAAAGAUGAACUUAAAAAUAAAUAUGGAUUUACUUUACAAAAGAAGCACUAUUUAUCUCUGAAAAAUGCAUUUGAACAGUUAUUAAUCGAUAAUCAAUCUAAAAAUGAACUUAACGUCCAAAAACCUUCUCAAACACAAACUAAUACAAUAACAUCACGUUCUUCAGAUGAAUUCGGCCAAUUGAAGCAAAGUGCAGGUGGUCUCCUUUCAACAACUAUCGGUCCACGACAUCCUUUAUUUGAGUAUCUGAUUGAACCAUCUUUGUUACGAACCGAUGCAGCGCCGUUUGCUGACAUCAGUAGCCAUAGUAGCAUGGAAAGUGAAAACGAAAUCCUGCUUUCAAUUGGCACUGUUGCGGAAAUUAUAUCUGUACCGCCUGCAACUGAUGACAGAAAUUUCCGUCAUAUACGUUUACGUCUAUGUUAUUUUGAUAACUUUCCAUUCGGACAAUUUCAAAGCCUAUUCACCCAAAUGACGAAUGAUGAUGCUGAUCUUCAAGCUUUGCGAUCACUAUUAAUGUCUUUUAGACGAUUCAGUCAACACGUCCUGGAAUCUGAUGAUAUGGGUCCUGCUGUAUCGUCUAAAAUGAAAAGUGUCAUAGAUGCUUUGGAAACGCUUGUCAAUAACAACCAAGUCUCGUCAGUUCAACGAGCAUUAUUUAAUGUGAUGUAUAAGUUUGUGACGAAUAUCAAAUCUCUUUGGGAAGAAGGGAACACCGAAAAUUACAGCGUGUCGAUACGAGAUAAUCCAAACGAGAUGAUGGGUCAAAUGAAAUUUCUAAAUAAUAUGUUAUUAUCAUUCGUACCCUCUCACCCACACCUUCAAGAUUGGCCAUUGACGAUUACCUGUUAUCAAGAUAUCAUAUCUUUAAAAUAUCUACCACCNGAAAUCUCCAAUGGUCCCCAUCGUUUUCAAAUACAGACUAAUGGUAACCUAGUGGCCUACAACGGUAAAAACCAAGCUAUGUGGAAUUCAAACUCAUCUCGACAGAAUGUUGAACGUGGCCAUUUAGUAAUGCAGAAUGACGGCAACCUAGUUCUCCAUGAUAAUAAUCAUCGAGCCGUUUGGGCUUCGAAUACUUGUUGUUUCAUUGCUCCCCGCGCAUAA